GCAGCUGUCGCAACAACAACAAGCAGAAUUUCUGCAAAUUUCUUAUUUACCUCUGUUUGAUUUUAUGAUUUGAUCAAAUUAUGAUGGAUCAAUUAGCAAAAACGAUAGCUGAUUUAAAUUUUGAUCCCAAGUCGGACCAAGGGAGGAUCGUUGUAUCGCAGCUUGUGGAAGCGUCUUCCAGCAAUGAAGACACAACCUGCUUGAUUGGUCCCGUCAUGAAAUUGCUGCCAUCAUUGGACUUGGGUGUUAAAAAAUCCAUUCACCACAUUUUACCAAGGCUGUGCAAAAAGCACCCUCAAGCAGCCGUGUUGGCCGUGAACUGUGUCCUCCAUGACUGCGGCGACCCAAAUCCGGAGGUCAAGUGUCUUGGCGUUGCCUCCAUCUGUGCCAUUCCCGAAUUUACAGAACAUGUAUCUGGAGUCGUCCAAACACUUCUGUCUGAUCCGCAUCCAAAGGUGCGACUUGCAGCUGUGAAUGGAUGCAGAGCGCUUCACAAACACAGUCCUGCGGCUCCCUUAGAGCUAGGACUUAUCGACAUCCUCUAUUCUCUUGUCCGAGACUCAGAUUCGAAGGUCUCUACCGCAGCGAUUUUAACUUUGGACUUUCUGCUGGCCGAGGAGGGAGGUGUGAUUGUCACUAAGGCAAUGGCAAAACACCUUUUAAGACGCCUCGGUAGCUACCCCCCGCCGCAACUGGCCUCUGUCCUCCAGGCACUUGCCAAGUACAAGCCCAAGGAAGAGGCUGAAAUAUUUGAGGAAUUGUCACUCAUCGACCCGUACCUGGUUUACUCCCAAUACUCUGCCGUCAACGUCAACAGCAUUAACCUCUUUCUUACUCUCAUCGAAGGUCCUUUUGAGCACCUCGUUGACCAACUCGUGCAAAGGUCAAGCCCGAGUUUAGUCGAGUAUCUGUCCAGCACGUCAGAGUCAACAGCUACCCUUGUGAUAAACUUCUUGUCUGGUGCUAGAGGGAAGAAUUGGCUCCAAGAUUUGCCUUCGGCUUCGUUGGUGCCAAGAAUGACCGACUCGUCAAAUGUGAAGAUGAAAAAAAUGGCCCUUUUGUCUGUGACCUGCCGGAAUGACGAGGUGGAGAAAGUUCUUACCUCGAUCACCCCCUUUUGCUAUGAAAAUAGUUGUGGGCAACAGGCAAUUCAGUGUCUAUGUGAGAUUCGAGCAAAGUUCGAGUCGUCAGCAAGUAAGUGCCUAUCAGUCAUUCUUCAGCUUUUGGACUCGCCAGAUCCUCAAGUACUGAGAAACACACUGGCUGGUGUGGAAAAGUUCAGCUUUGAAGGAAUUCCGUCUGAAGAAAUUUUGAAAACGCUUGAGAAAAUUGUAGACAGGAUGGACUUAUUCAAGCCAGAAUCUAUUCCAUCAGUUUUGCCGCACUUACUUGGACUGCAUGGAGAGACUUUGCCCACUGCUCCUUACAUUUUAGAGCAUUUGGUCAAUAAUUACGAGCAGCUCACUGAAGAAACUCGAAUGUUUUUGCUGGUGGGCACGUUGCGGUUAUUCCUGAAACAGCCUGGUGAGUGCCAACUUACAUUAGGCCGACUUUUCCAAUUUUGCGUCAACGACUGUGAUAACAUUUUGCUCUCGGAAAAAGCAACCAAAUUUUAUAAAAUACUAACGUACGAUCCAGAGCUAAUGAAAGCAAUUUUAGGUGUGAAUUAAAAAAUAAAAAAACAAAUUUUUAUUCUUCUUCUUGUACAAAA